AUGGGCCAAGGGCAAAGCUCAAUCCCGACAACAGAAGUAGCGGCACUCGUAGAGCUUUAUGAUGCGCUAAAUGGUGAUCGCUGGCGCCGGCGGGACGGCUGGAAACAACCCACGCGCGAUCCAGAGCAGUGGUUUGGUGUUGAAGUGGUCAUGGGCCACGUCGUGGCUUUGGAAUUACCAGCAAACGAGCUUAUUGGCUGUCUUCCCACCACCUGUCUAGCACGCCUACCCCAGCUUCGCAUUCUUAACUUGUCUAAGAAUCUGCUACAUGGUGAAAUACCGGCCGAACUCGGUACGCUUUUAGCUCUGAAACGUCUGGACCUAAGCUGCAACGAUCUCACGGGUGCGAUUCCACGCCAGAUUGGCGACUGUGUUCAACUACAAGAGCUUAAUUUAUACCAGAACUCACUUUCUGAGACCAUACCGAAGGAGCUGGGAAAGCUGAAGAGCCUGCGGACUUUGCAACUACAGCACAACAACCUAAGCAAGUCUUUACCUCAAACUUUGUGUGAGCUUAAGCAACUUGUCAGAUUGAGUGUGCGAGGCAAUUGCCUCACAGGACCUAUUCCCCCGGACAUUGGCCGCUUACAGUCGCUUGUAUUCCUUUCGCUGCGCAACAAUGAGCUCACAGGUAUUAUACCACCGUCUCUCGGAUUAUGCAAGGCCCUCGAGUUUCUUAAUCUGUCCAGCAAUCAGCUAAGCGGACCCAUCCCGUCCACACUAGGUGACUUGGGAAAUCUCGAGUAUCUCUAUCUUUUUGACAAUGCAUUGGAAGGCCAAGUGCCAGGCAGCAUCGCGCGACUUAAGUUUCUAAAAGAAUGCGACUUUCGCGACAACCGACUUCGUGGCGAACUUCCAAAUUUUCUGGACGGAUGCUCAAGUCUUGAGGCUGUCAUGACCAAGUGGAAAAACCGUAAGGCAAGCUACCAUCAUGCUAUAUUGGGGGAUCCUAUGCCUUGUCCCGAUACACCACCCACGUCAUCCCAUCAAUUCUUACAAACACUUGAAGACCCUCCAUAUAAUUCAUCGGCUAAUUUUUCGAAUCAUACUUUUGACCACGAAGGUUUCGAGGAAAGCAUAGGCGAGAAUGACUUACAAAGUGACAGAUUAAAAAAUUCUCAUCUUGUUGCCGAGCUUGCACGUAAAAAAGGAUUUCAGGUCGCGGACGCCUCCACGGUACAGGCAAAAUAG